AUGGAGAGCGAGCGUGGAGCGACGACGGCCGCCGCCGCCCCGUCGCCCCGGAAGGCGCAGCCGAAGAGGUCCCAGCUGGCUCAUCGGCACGUCCUUCGCGGCGCGGCAUUCACCAUUUCCCUCACCUUCUCUCCCCCGCCGCACCCCGUCGGCAUCUCUGCCGCAUUCCUUCCCCUCCCUCCAAAGCUAGCUCCGAUCCGGGCUCAGCUCUCUCAUCGGCGAGGGCGGGCUACCGGCUAUGGAGAGCGAGCGUGGAGCGACGACGGCCGCCGCCGCCCCGUCGCCCGGAAGGCGCAGCCGGAGAGGUCUCAGCUGGCUCGUCGGCACGUCCUUCGCGGCGCGGCAUUCGCCAUUGUAACCGCCCUGCUCCUCUCCGUGCUGGGACGGCCGGGGAACAGAGACGACGCCGCCAGCAGGGAGCGGCCGCCCUCCUCCACGGCGGACGUGUACGAGCAGGGCGAGCUCACGCCGCUGCAGAGGCACGUCGCCUUCUUCGACCGGGACAAGGACGGCGUCAUCUACGCCUCCGAGACCUACCAAGGGUUCCGCGCGAUCGGGUGCGGCGUGCCGCUGUCCGCCGCCGCCGCCGUCUUCAUCAACGGCGGACUUGGACCCAAGACCAUACCGGAGAACGAGAAGACCCCACCUUUCAAGCUACCAAUUUAUGUGACGAACAUCCACAAGGGCAAGCACGGAAGUGAUUCUGGCGUGUAUGAUGCCAAUGGAAGGUUCGUUCCUGAAAAGUUUGAGAUCUUCAAGAAGCAUGCCCGCACCAGGCCUGAUGCCCUGACAGGCAAAGAGCUCCAGGAGUUGCUCAAAGCAAACAGGGAACCUAACGACUUUAAAGGAUGGUUGGGUGGCUUCACGGAAUGGAAGGUGCUGUACUACGUGUGCAAAGAUAAGGAUGGGUUUCUCCACAAGGACACUGCAAGGGCAGUCUAUGAUGGUAGCCUGUUCGAAAGGUUGGAGGAUGAGAGGAAGUCCAAUAAGGACUCUACUAGCUAAGAAGAAAUGAAGAAAUAAUAAGAAGUCCAUAGACGCCCUAGUGUGAAAUUAAAGGGUUUGUAAAUUAUGGAGUGUGUGUGUGUGUGUGUGUGUGUGUGUGUGUGUGUGUGUGUGAAUCAAUUAAUUAAUAUCCCAAUUUUAAUUGACUCUAUAUAUAUGUUUGUUGACUGAUCUUUUAUGUAACAAGAAUCUAUUAUUCUCGCCUAAAUGCUAUCUUCUUGAAACA